AUGGCUGAUACACGACCGGUGUUCUUCUUUGACAUUGAUAAUUGUCUAUAUUCCAAGAGCAAGAAUGUCCAUGACCACAUGACCGCUCUGAUCGAUGCAUAUUUCAUGAAGCAUCUAGAGCUCAGUGGAGAAGAGGCCUACAAUCUUCAUCAAGAGUACUACAAAACCUAUGGUCUCGCCAUCGAAGGUUUAGUACGUCAUCACAAGAUUGAUGCUCUAGAAUACAAUCGUCAAGUAGAUGAUGCCGUGCCAUUAGAAAACAUUCUCUCACCGGAUCCAAAGCUACGCAAGCUUCUCGAGGAUAUUGAUCGGUCCAAGGUCAAGUUAUGGCUCUUUACCAAUGCUUAUGUCACCCACGGGAGACGUGUCGUCCGCUUACUAGGGGUAGAGGAUCUUUUUGAGGGUAUGACGUACUGUGAUUAUGCUCAAGAGAAGAUGAUUUGCAAACCUUACAAGGAAUCUUUCGAGAAGGCCAUGAAAGAAGCUGGAGUGAAGGAGUACAAAGAUUGUUAUUUUGUUGAUGACUCGCUCAUAAACUGCGAGGCAGCUUAUAAACUUGGUUGGACAGCAGCACAUUUGGUUGAGGAAGGUGUAAAAUCACCUCCUAAGCCAGUUGCCAAUUUUCAAAUCAGCACUUUAGAAGAGUUGAGGACUGUUUACCCGCAAUUCUUCAUUACUACAUAA